AUGGAGGAUAUAAAGGAGGAAAUAGAAUUCUGGAGUUCGGUAGUCGUAUGUUUUGUUCUGGGAUCUAAUCCACCACAAGCAAUUAUGGAAGGAUGCUUUCAAAGGAUAUGGGGAUCUCUUGGCAUAGACAAGAUAACACAGAUUAAUAGAGGAGUGUUCACGGUGAGAUUCCAUAACUUUGAAAGUAGAAUCAAAGUAAUUGAGGAUGGAGUCCAGAUGUUCGAUAGAAAGCCAGUGGUGGUAAAACCUUGGAGCCCAGACAUGGAUAUGAAAAAGGAAUCAGUUGAAUUGAUCCCAAUGUGGAUUAGGUUCAAUAGACUCGAUAUAAAAUACUGGGGACAAGUUGCUCUCACAAAAUUGGCAGGACUGAAAUAUCCAGAUACAAUCAUGUUUGAGGAUGAGAGAGGCAGAAUUGUAGAUCAGAAGGUUUUCUAUGAAUGGAAACCUACCCUGUGUGGAAAAUGCAAGAAUAUUGGGCAUGAAAUGAAUGAGUGCAGGAGAUUUAUCAAAGAGGAAAAGGAGAAACAAGCAAAUAAACAGGAGCCAAAAGAGCCAAUUGAAGUACAGACGCAAAAACAAGUGGAAAGGAAGAAUGCAAAUGUGCAGAAUAAAAGAGAACAGGGACAAAAACAACAAGUGAUUGGGCCAACAAGCAAAGGAAACACUAGGAAUGAGGUAGCAACUAUUGGGAAUGAGGUAGCAACUACAUCUAGAACGUGGAAGAAUUCAGGAAGGGGAAGAGUAGGGGAUGGAAUACACCAGGAUACUAUCAGUACUGGGAACUCUUUUGAAACACUAGAGGAUCAUCAACAAGAGAAAGCAGAAGCAGCAAAUGGGAAUGUGGUGGAGAACAGGAACAACAAAGGGAAAUGGAGUGAGAUGGCUUUAGGAAAAGGGCAGGAUGGGGGCUACCCCUCAUCCAAUGGAUAG